CCGUGCGGGUUGGCCAUGGGCGGCCGGGCCGUGUGGGCGCCAUGGCGGCUCGCUGGCUGCAGCGGGCGCGGCGGCCUCCGCGGCGCUGCGGGCCGGCGGCUCAGCUCCCGGGGCCCCGGCGAUGGGGCGACGCUGAGCGACCUCCUGCAGAGCUCGGUGGAGCCGGGCGAGGCGGAGGGGGCGCCGGCGGCGGCGGCGAGGCGGGAGCGGCGGUGCCCCCGGGAGGGCACGGUGCUGCUGUUCCCCGGGCAGGGCAGCCAGUGCGUGGGGAUGUGCCGCGGGCUUCUGGGCUACCCCGGCGUGCGGGACAUGUUCCGCCUGGCCGAGAAGGUGCUGGGCUACGACCUGCUGGCGCUGUGCCUGGAGGGGCCGCGGGACGCGCUGGACCGCACCCAGCACUGCCAGCCCGCCGUGUUCGUCGCCUCCCUGGCCGCCGUGGAGAAGCUCAACCACCAGCGGCCUGAGGUCGUGGAGCGCUGCGUGGCGGCCGCCGGGUACAGCGUGGGCGAGUUCGCGGCGCUGGUGUUCGCUGGAGCGCUGGGCUUUGCCGAAGCGCUGUACGCGGUGAAGGUGCGCGCCGAGGCCAUGCAGAAGGCGUCCGAGGCUGUUCCCAGUGGGAUGCUCUCGGUUAUGGGCCGGCCAGAGGCGAAUUACAAAUUUGCGUGCCUGGAAGCCCGCAAACACUGUGAGUCGCUGGGUAUUGAGAACCCCGUGUGCACGGUCUCCAACUACUUGUUUCCGGACAGCAGAGUCAUUGCAGGACACUUACAGGCUUUGGAGUAUUUGCAGCAGAAUGCCCGAAAAUACUAUUUUACCCGUACUAAAAUGCUCCCAGUCAGUGGGGCUUUUCAUACCAGACUUAUGGAACCAGCAGUUGAGCCUUUGGCCGAAGUCCUAAAAUCCAUCGAGAUCCAGAAACCGCUGCUCUGUGUGUAUUCCAACGUGGAUGGCCAAAAGUACAUGCACUCCAAGCACAUCAGGAAGCUGUUAGUGAAGCAGGUGGUGUCACCUGUUUUGUGGGAACAGACCAUGCAUUCGGUGUACCAAAGGAAACAAGGAACUGAAUUCCCUUACACCUACGAAGUGGGGCCCGGGAAUCAACUGGGAGCCAUUCUCAGAAAAUGUAAUUUAAAGGCCUGGAAACAAUAUAAACACGUGGAUGCUCUGGAAGAUGAGGAAGCAGCAGAGACUUAAGUGACCUUUUGAAAAAAAAUCCACGCAGCUUGGGGGUUUUUUCUGGUUUAAAACUCUGUGCUCCCAAGAGAAGAAGUCUUAAACGUUCGUGGCUUCUCCUGAUGAAAAGAGCACCACGUGCUUCAUUGCAAUGAACGUUUUUCUUCUCUGAGUGCCUCAGGUGUGGAAGGGGAGAGCAGAGUUUGGCUCUUCCAUCUGUGUUGGGACUGCAAAGCUGUCAGCAAACAGGCCAAAUAACAUUGUUUGGCCUCUAUCCUGCAAGCAUCUUUCCCUUUCUUUUUUUUUUUUUUCCUUUUUUCUUCUUUUUUUUGCCUUUUUUUUUUUCUUUUCCAGUUAAAGUUGGUAGCCUUGGCUGUCUGGUGCAGGGAUCUUCUGCAUGAAUACAGGGGUGGAAAUGAGCUGAGUUGUGGAGGGCUCUCUCUGGGCUGGAGG